CUCUCUCUCUCUCUCUCUCUCCAGUUGCCCCUUGCCCGGUUAACAUUAGAGCCAAAAAAUUCAAAGGCAACUCCUUUAUUGGAUUUUCAAAGCCUUGGAGUUUAAGCCAUUUCUCCUUCUGUCUGUCUCAGCUGCCUCCUUCUUCCUCUUCUUAUGUAUGGAAUUCCGGAAAUGAAGGGAUCAAAUGCUUUCUUUAUUUUCUCUAUCCAACUCCUAUUCAUUGGUCUUUGUCUCUUCGUCGCCGGUUGUUCCAGCCUGAAGCUGGGAGAGACCUGCUCGUCAGGUAAUGCGUGCGACCCUGGAUUGCGAUGCGAAACUUGUCCUGCUAAUGGAAAUACCCGACCCAGAUGUAUCCGGAUCCAGCCUUUGAGCCCAACAUCAAAAGUAAAAGGUCUGCCAUUCAACAAAUAUUCAUGGCUAACAACCCACAACUCUUACGCUAUUACAAGCGCUACAUCGGCCGCGGGUUCGGCUCUUUUAUCUCCUACGAAUCAAGAGGACUCCGUUACCAGUCAACUCAAUAAUGGGGUCCGAGGGCUUAUGCUGGAUAUGUAUGACUUUCAGAAUGGCAUCUGGCUAUGUCACUCUUUUGGUGGCCAAUGUUACAACUACACAGCAUUUCAACCUGCCAUCAACGUGCUAAGAGAGAUUGAGGCCUUCAUGGCUGCAAACCCAUCAGAGAUUGUCACAAUUUUCAUCGAGGAUUAUGUGAUGGCCCCCCUAGGCUUGACUAAGGUUUUUAAUGCAUCUAAUCUUAAUAAAUACUGGUUCCCUGUAUCAAAGAUGCCAAAGAAUGGUGAAGAUUGGCCAACAGUGGAUGAUAUGGUCCAGCAGAAUGAGCGCUUGGUGGUCUUUACUUCCAAAUCAGCUAAAGAGGCUUCUGAGGGCAUUGCUUAUACUUGGAAAUAUGUGGUAGAAAAUCAAUAUGGGGAUGAUGGGAUGAAAGCUGGUUCAUGUCCAAAUAGGGCUGAAUCAUCUCCCAUGAACACAGCAACAAUAUCACUGAUUCUUCAAAAUUAUUUUCCAACUAAUCCCAAUGCAACAGAAACUUGCCUGGACAAUUCAGCUCCAUUAAUUAGCAUAACCAACAGUUGCUAUGAAGCAGCUGGCAAACGGUGGCCAAACUUCAUUGCCGUUGACUUUUAUCAGAGGAGUGAUGGUGGGGGGGCCCCAGAAGCUGUGGACGAAGUGAAUGGUCAGCUUACUUGUGGAUGUGCCAAUAUUGCCUACUGCAAGGCAAACGCAAAACGUGGUACAUGUGACGUUCCUCCAAUCGCACCCCCUCCCCCUGCCGCUGCUACUGGAAACUCACAAACUACUUCUACUUCCACCAACAUUGCUUAUUUGCAUCCCAAACGAGGCCAAUUACGGUGGGUUUUGGGGACAAUUUUGACCACGUUGCUAUUAUUAUGACUGUGAUUAUGCCAAUGGGCCUAUUUACCACGUUGGUAUUAUUAUGAUUGUGAUUAUGCCAAUGGGCCUAUUUACCAUUUACUCGCAUCAGAAUAUUUUAUGCAGAGGAAUUGCGGCUUAUUUGUGUCCUCGCUUUGAGGGUUGUACUUGAGAGAAUGACUUGUGUUAGAUAUGUUUUGAUUUGUUGUCACCAUACACGCUAUAUAUGUAAAUUGGAAGUACGCUUGGACAUAAAA